UUUUUUGAAUCAGCCGGUUUAGCGAAUAGUGCGAAACUGUUGUUGUUUUGGCUCUGCAUGAUUUAUUGUAGCAACAACAAAGAUGGCGUCAUCCACACAGGUGAUUGAUGACCACCUUGCUGACAGGGGAAUAAGGAAAGACAAGGAUGUAGAAGAGCUCUACCUGGCUGAUAAGAACCUUACGGAGUGUGUUGAUUUAUCAGCUUUUAAGUUCUUAAGAUGCUUGUGGCUGAACAAAAAUAGAUUACGAGGAAUCUCUUGCCUCAGUGGAAACUUCCAGAUACGAGAACUGUAUCUACAGAACAAUGAGCUAACAGACGUGUCAGGGUCCCUGCGCCAUCUAACCUGUCUCGAAGUCCUCAUGCUACACAACAACCAACUUACCAAGCUCGAUAGACUCGUCAAGGAGUUCAAGAAGAUGCAGACACUUAAAAUACUCAAUUUGUUCAACAACCCUGUAGCCCAGGAAGCGGACUAUCGUGUGUUUGUUGUUCACUCCGUGCCUUCUGUGGAGCUGCUGGAUAGACAAGAGGUGUUAAAAGGAGAGAGGGACACAGCAAUCAAGAUUUACGAUCAAGAACAGGAAAAAUUACGGGAAACUAUUUCAUUUGGUCGAAGAUCAGAGGGCCCUCCAAAUAUCUACUUCCCAGGAAAAGAGCAACCCCUUACUAAAUUUGAGUUGCAGUUACCACGACGAUACAUUAAACCAGAUCCGAACACGCGUGACCUUGGCAACAGUUUUCUCAGAGACAGUCCCCUCUAUGCCACAGAUGAUGAUGCCUGCAAUGCCAGACGGCUGAAGAAAUCUGUCACCCUUUACACGACAUUUGAUUGGUCGAAACUUCCUCGCAUUGAGGCUCGAAGACAGACCAACAUUGCAUUUGACUCGCCGGAAAUUAUAACUCAUGUUUACAGAUAGGAGGAACAUUUUUUGUUGUUGUUGUUAAAGUUUAAGAAGCAUUCAUUUGAACUAUUUUUAUAUUAUACUUGUGAUAUAUUUUUGUUUUAAUGAACAAUUUAUAUUUCACUGUGAUAGUCAGAAAUGUUUUUUUACAGUCUGUGGUUAUAAUCAUCUUGAUAAUCACUAUAGGCUCAUGACAUAUUGAUCUUUUGACACUUAUUGGUCAAAAGAAUUUGCAUUAUCAAUAUUAUUGAUUCAAUGGGGGCAAUCAUUGUCCAUAAUCUACAAUCAGUUUUUAUCAAGUAAAUGUUCAUAUAAAGUGUAUAUGUGUAUAAAGACAGUAUUUAGAACGAUAAGUUUUCUUCUUUUUUUAAAUCACUUACUUAUAGGCCAAGAAAAAAAUGUCUGUUUCCGAUUUCACUGCCAGAAAAUAUAUGGAAGUAAGGUCAAGAUAAAAAAAAAUUGUUUUAUUUGUAAAGUUUUGUCUUAAAUUAAGACACACAUGUGAAACUGAUUAUUGGAAGGGUGGACUCAUACAACCAUGAAACGUCUGUAUAUGUACAAUUUGUAUUAGUCUUGCUUCAGCCAACAACCAAUCAAAUGAACAAACCCAAAUACUUAUAUUUUUAUCAAAUUUUUAAACAAGCCUUGCUAUAUAAAAUCAAGAAUUUGAGUAAGUCCGGAUGCAUUUUACCAGUGCAGGGCUUGUAGGCUUGUACUGAUUUCGGCCACUGAUUUCGCUGCUGUUUGGAUGGUAGAAAUUGACUGUAUUUUUGGUGCAAAAAUGCAUUGUGAUUAUGCUUUGUAAAACUAAUUGUCAAGUAUGUUCAGCUACAUUUAUUUGCAAACAGUUGCCACGACGACCAAAACUCCAUAUUUUAAAAAAGAAAAAAAACUACAAAAAUAUAAUAUUAUCACUGGUAAAGAAUGUGUACUCCAAGGGAAUAUGUUACAUGUAGAUGAAAGAAAAGUGCCAUGGUAGAAUUUUACAAACUUUUUUUUCUCUGAAAGAAUCCACUUUAGUUACCCAUGUGUACCUUUUGAUAAGUAUUAACUGUUCACUAGUAUUGAUUUACUAAAAAGUAUUAUUUUAUAUAUCUGUGAUAAAUGGAUUUGUUUAACUUUUAUCUGCCUCUUCCUGUGUUAAUGUUGCUUAAUAAAUUGUUGAAAGUUAA